AUGCCGGACACAAUUAUGUCCAAAGAACCGUCUUCCAACCUGGAGAACGCAAUGCAGAUGCUGAUCAAAACCUUCCACAAGUACUCGGGGAAGGAGGGGGACAAGUACACUCUGAGCCGUGGAGAGCUGAGAGAGCUGUUAACAGAAGAGCUGGGGAGUUACCUAGGGAAUGCCCGGGAUGGAGAAGGGGUUGAGAAGGUGAUGAAUGACCUGGACGCCAACAGUGACGGUGAGGUGGACUUCACAGAGUUCAUCAUCCUCAUGGGAGCCCUGACGGUGGCCUGCAACGACUUCUUCAUGGAAUAUAAGCCCGAGAAACUCGUCCACAUGCCCUUCAAAACAAAGGAGGCAACGAUAGAGGAGAUUAAAGAGUGA